ACUGAGACAUGACCAUUAGCUUGAUGCCACUGUAGCUAUCAGAUCCCGCGUCGCUGUAUUGAAAAGUUGUGCCUGGUUACGCCAACGGAAAUUGUACAUAGGUGCCGGAAUUACUGCUUGGAAACUUUAAAACUAGGUUGUGUACCGGAUACACACUGUGUCUCUAGCAGGCAUCUGGACCCAUGUGAGAGUCAUGAAGGUUCCUGCAUAGCGAUUACAGACAGGACGUCAUAGUGGACACAGGCGCCAUGGAGCCUUACACUGAGACCCAAGGUGAACCCGACAAGACUCUGCACCAUGCCGAGAUCAGGGACCCCCCUGCGACAUCAACUGCCUUAAUGCCCAGUGACGAUGCCCAGCUCCUGACCCCGGGAAGGAUGAGUCAGAGGGGGAAGGAGAGCCUGCAGGUGCCUGGCAGAGACCACCCGAGCAGCCCCUGCGCCAGCCCCGGGGGCAAUUCCGGCCAUGGAUUUGAUCGAGGGAAAGAUGACGUCUCCCAGCUCAAAGAGGACCCCUCCAGUUCGAUAUCCAAGAGCAAGUCAGAGACGAAGCUCUACAAUGGGUCUGACAGAGACACUGCAUCCUCCGGGAACAAGCUCACGAAGAAGGAGUCCCUCAGGGUCCAGAAGAAGAACUACAGGGAGGAGAAGAAGCGUGCUACCAAGGAGCUGCUGAGCACCAUCACGGAUCCGUCCGUCAUCGUCAUGGCCGACUGGCUCAAGAUCCGGGGAACGCUGAAGAGCUGGACCAAGUUGUGGUGUGUGCUGAAGCCAGGCGUGCUGCUCAUCUACAAGACGGCCAAUAAGGGCCAGUGGGUGGGCACCGUGCUGCUGGGCGCCUGCGAGCUCAUCGAGAGGCCCUCCAAGAAGGACGGCUUCUGCUUCAAGCUGUUCCACCCGCUGGAGCAGUCCAUCUGGGCCGUCAAGGGUCCCAAAGGGGAGGCGGUGGGCUCCAUCACUCAACCCCUCCCCAGCAGCCACCUUAUCUUCCGCGCUGCUUCUGAGUCCGACGGCCGCUGCUGGAUGGACGCCCUAGAGCUGGCGCUGAAGUGCUCCGGCCUGCUGAAGCGCACCAUGAUCCGGGAGGGCAAGGAGGAGCCGGGAUCCGGGGCCGAGCACUCCCAUGUCCGCCUGUACGACCUGCUGCGCUCCAACAACCUGCAGGGCCACGAGGGCUUCCACUUCAACGACAGUGAGCACUUCAAAGACCCGGACCUGUACUCUGACAAAUCGGACCGAGAGAAUGAGCAGGAGUCGGAGAACGAGGGGCUGGAGAAGAGUGAGGAGAGCGACAGCGACACGUCGGAGCGGCAGGAUGACUCCUACAUGGAGCCGGAGCCCAUGGAGGCACUGCAGGAGACCCCCUACACGGAGCAAUCCCACGAGGAGCUGGGGGAGGCAGGCGAAGCUUCGCAGACGGAGACGGUAUCAGAGGAAAACAAAUCCCUGAUAUGGACCCUGCUGAAGCAGGUCAGGCCUGGCAUGGACCUGUCCAAGGUGGUGCUGCCCACAUUCAUCCUGGAGCCGCGCUCCUUCCUGGACAAGCUGUCUGACUACUAUUACCAUGCAGACUUCCUGUCCGAGGCGGCUGUGGAGGAAAAUGCCUAUAAUCGGAUGAAGAAGGUGGUCAAGUGGUACCUGUCUGGGUUCUACAAAAAGCCGAAGGGCCUGAAGAAACCAUACAACCCCAUCAUCGGGGAGACCUUCCGAUGCCUGUGGAUUCACCCCAAGACCAACAGCAAGACCUUCUACAUCUCUGAGCAGGUAUCCCAUCAUCCCCCAGUGUCAGCCUUUUAUGUGAGCAACAGGAAGGAUGGUUUCUGCCUCAGUGGAAGCAUCCUGGCCAAGUCGAAGUUUUACGGAAACUCCCUGUCGGCCAUCCUGGAUGGAGAGGCCCGGCUGACCUUUCUUAAUCGGGGGGAGGAUUACGUCAUGAACAUGCCAUACGCCCACUGUAAAGGAAUCUUAUAUGGGACCAUGACCCUGGAACUGGGAGGCCAGGUCACCAUCAUGUGUGAGAAGACCGGCUACAGCGCCCAGCUGGAGUUCAAGCUUAAGCCCUUCUUGGGCAGCAACGACAGUGUGAACCAGAUCUCCGGGAAGAUCAAACUGGGGAAGGAGGUUCUGGCCACCCUGGAGGGGCACUGGGAUUGCGAGGUUCUCAUCAAUGACAAGAAGACUUGCAUGGUGGAAACCUUCUGGAACCCCACACCGGACCUGAGGAGGAGCCGGCUGACUCGCAGGACGGUGCUCCUCGAGGACCAGGGAGACUUCGAGUCAGAGAAGCUGUGGCAACAUGUGACCCGGGCGAUCAACAACAAGGACCAAACAGAGGCCACCAACGAGAAGUUCCUCCUGGAGGAAGCGCAGAGGAAAUCGGCACGCGAGCGCAAGGCCAAGUGUGAGGCGUGGAUCCCGGGACUCUUCGAGCAGGACCCAGUCACUGGAGAGUGGCAUUAUAAAUAUGCUGAGUGAGUGCAGGCGCUCUCAUUCUCUCUCCGCAAAGAUGGUGGCAUCUAGUGGACAAAGAGGGAACUGCAAAACUGCAUUUGCAUCAGUUUGUUUAUAAUCACCAAAAUUAAAGCCAUCCUAGUGCCAACACCAAGGGUAUAAGCUGCCAGCCACACUACACUUACAUGUACAACUUCUGUUUCUUUUUGUUAAACGUGAUAUAGUAUGUAUCCAUCGCUGGUAUUGUGCAAAAGCAGUUUUGAUCAGUCCUUGUAACUGGAUGGUUUGUCAUUUUACUGGGUGCAGAAAAGGGGAGGGAAUCAAAAAGCAGAUGGCCUACAUGUGCAAUAGCACUGCUUUCGAAAUAGCAUUUUAUAAUACUCUAGUGGUUAGGACUGGGUACUGAACUUCGGUACUUGUGUGGUACUGACCGGAAUGCUCCGAUCAUAUGGAGGUUCGAAAAAUGUAUUAUCUUUCGGUGCCAAAUUCCGAUACCCAAAUAGUCAAUCUCAGCGCCUGUGAGCUAAUAAGCAUGCAGUGUACUUGUGUGAAGAUCUAAGUUCGCUGGCGAUUGCCUGUGUAACGUAAAAAAAAAAAUCAAAGAAUUAAAUCAGUGUAAGAAAUUAAAAGUCUCCCAGAUAGCGCCAUGUUAUUGUUAUGGUUGUUGUUGUGGUCAGUGUUAAAUUAUCAACAUUGAAACUGAAUUGAUUUUUGGUCAGAUUUUCAAUAUUGAAAAGUUGAUGGUCGCAAAACCUUGAUUCAAUGUUGAUAUAAAGAUUGAAGAUCAACGUUGUUUCAUCCUUUUUUGUCUGAUAUGGAAUCAAUGUCAUUUCAACAUAUGUGUGCUAUCUGGGGGAGCUCCACAGGCUUCCCGACUACGACCAUUUCAUAACUAGGAGCGCCAGUGCAAAUAUGCUCCUCCUGACCACAUCGUCGUAUAUCACAUGAAACACCUGUAGAGAGUGACAAUUGGUGUGUUUGUGUAUGCAUGUGUGUGUGUUUGUGUGUGUGCAUGUGUGUGUGUGUGUUUGUGUAUGCAUGUGU